AUGUGUCUGUCUUCGUUUCACAUACUUCUCUCUUUCACUCUCUCUCUCUCUCUCUCUUUCCUUCUUUCUCUUUCAUUUUCCCCCCUUUCCUUCUCUACCCCCUCUCUCUUUCACAUUCUUUCUUUCUCCCUGUCUUUCUUUCUAUAUCAUUCCCUCUUUCUUUCACUGUCCUUCGCUCCUACUCUGUUCUUCUCUCUCUCUCUCUCUCUCUCUUUUACUUUCUUUCUACUUGUCUUUCCCUCUCUUCCACUUUCUUUCUUUCUCUUUCACUAUAUUUCUCUUCGUCUUUCCCUCUCUUUCACUAUAUUUUGCUCUCUUUUACUCUCAUUCUCUUUACCUCUCUCUUUCAUUUUCUUUCUCCCUGAUUUCUCUCUUUUUCACCGUCUUUCGUUCUCUUUUUCUCUCUUAUUGUCUUUGCCUCCUUUCUCGCUGUCUCUCUCUGACUCUCUCUGUCUCUCUCUUUGUCUGCCUGUCUUCCUCUCUCUCUCACACACAGACUCUCUCUCUCUCUCUCUCUCUCUCUCUCUCUCUCUCUUAUUUUAA